AUGGCAUUAUCAAAAAUGAACAUUCCUCCCAGAGCCCAACAUUUUUUAGAAUGUGACAUUGAAGAAUGUGAAAGAAACUGUGAAUUCUAUUGUAACAAUUGCCACUUAAGAUUAUGCAAACAAUGCGAAGGUGAACAUCUGAAAAAUCUAAAAAAUAAAACUCAUGAGGUUGUCGGUUACCAGCAACGCAAAAGACAACUUCCUAUGGAGAGAUGUGAGAUCCAUCCCACUAAAAAUAUGGACAUGCUCUGUGAAGAAUGUCAAGUUCCAGUAUGUUCCAAAUGUGUCACACAAAGAGAACAUCGGGGACAUUUAUUUACUGAUCUGGAGAUAAUUUAUUCGGAAAAAUACGCAGUCUUUCAAGAAGAAAUAUCUAAAAUCCAUGAGUACUUCCUCCCUACAUCAGAAAAUUUAAAGAAAGAAAUUAAAAUAGAUUCAUCAAAAAUCAAACACAUUUUGGACGACCUCAGAACAUCCAUGAAGACUGAAGGUGAGUCCCUGAAAAGUAUGGUGGAUACAGUGGUAUCUGAGAAUAUGAAGCAAAUAGACCAGAUAGAGCAUUCACUGUUCGAAGCUCUAAACACCCAAGACGAAACCAUGGAUGAUUACAUUUCUUAUCUUAUAAACCUUGUCAAAGAGCUUCGCAGUAGCUUAUCCUCUACAGAACCCCAAAAAUUAAUGUCGGAGAAGAAACCAAAGAUCCAAUCCAUACCAGAGACAACAAAACCAGUCACACCCGUAUUUACUGCUGGUCAAUACAGCAAAGGCGAUGUUGCCAAAAUGCUAGGUAAAAUAUAUAUUCCCAAAACCAAAACAGAAAAUAGAGAAAAAAGGCCCAUUGAAAGUGUCUUCAAUGUAAGAAUGAAACUUACACAUAGACAGAUGAAUAAAGACGAAGAGAAAAUUGACAACAUACAAACAUUUUCACUAUCUGCCUCUGUCACCAAAAUCAGAGAGUUUAAUGUACCAGGUGUUGAUAAUGUACGGCAUAUUUCACUGGAUCAUUCCGAAAAACUCUGGUUCAGUGACGAGUAUGGUAAUCUUGUCCAAACAGAUCUGCAGGGGAAUGAGAUACAGAAGAUAAAAACCAGUAGUGAGCACGAUGGUUACCACACAGUGACAUGGGAGGGGGAUCUACUCUUUACAGACCAAAGCAAUGAAGUCAUCAAUAGGAUAACACAGGAUAAUAAUAUAUGUGAAUUCAUUGACACUGGAGACUGGAAACCAAUCAGUAUACACUCCUCUCAUAUCAAUGGGGACUUACUGGUAGGGAUGAGGGCAGGUAGAGAGGGUAAAGUCACCAGGUUCAACAAGACAGGAAAAGAAUUACAAAACAUACAGUGGGAUGAUAAAGGACAGAAACUGUACGGGGCACUUCACUUCAUCACAGAAAACGUCAAUGGAGAUAUCUGUGCAUCAAAUCGCAGUAGGUCAGUAGUGGUAGUGAAUAAAUCAGGAAAACACAGGUUCUCCUACACAGGUCAGGAAUCAACGUUUAGUCCAAGGGGAAUCUGUACUGAUGUCCUCGGACAUAUUUUGGUGGUUGAUAGAUAUAAUAAAAGUAAUACAAUCCACCUACUUGAUGAGGACGGUCAUUUCUUGACUCAUAUACUCGCACAACAACAAUAUUCUGUGUGUCCCCGUAGUGUGUGUGUGGAUGAUGAAAACAAUCUUUACGUGGGACAUCUAGGCAACACAGUGAGAGUGUACAAGUAUCUGCAGUAA